AACGCGCGCCACGUCCUGGGCCGGAAGCGGAAGUGUAGGCCGCACGGACAGCCGGAUCCAGAGCGCCCGGCCAUGGCUCCGCUCCUUGUCGCUGCACUGCUCUUGAUCUCCGUCAGCUUUCUGCCCCGGGCCCACUCCAUCUCCUUCCACCUGCCCGCCAACUCCAGGAAAUGUCUCCGCGAAGAAAUCCAUAAAGAUGUCCUGGUGACGGGGGAAUAUGAACUGAGUGAGCAACCGGGAGGGCGAACAGACCUGAAGGUGACUGACUCAUCCGGCCACAUCCUGUACUCCAAGGAGGAGGCCAGCAAGGGCAAAUUUGCAUUUACCACCGACGACUACGAUAUGUUUGAGAUCUGCUUCGAAAGCCGCCUCCCCCCAGGCCAUUUCCGAGUUCCCGAUCAACUGAUUGUCCUCAACACGAAACACGGAGUUGAAGCCAAGAACUACGAAGAUAUUGCGAAGGCAGAGAAGUUGAAGCCCCUGGAGGUGGAACUGCGGCGACUGGAGGACCUCUCGGAAUCCAUAGUCAAUGACUUUGCCUACAUGAAGCAGCGCGAGGAGGAGAUGAGGGACACCAAUGAGUCCACCAGCGCCCGAGUCCUGUAUUUCAGCAUCUUCUCUAUGUGCUGCCUCAUCGGCCUGGCAACCUGGCAGGUCUUUUAUCUUCGCCGCUUCUUCAAAGCCAAGAAGCUGAUUGAGUGAAAGGCUUCGGCAGAGGCAAUAGCAAGAGUGUGUGUGUGUGUGUUUGUGUGUGCACGUGCGCGUGAGAGGGAGAACUGUUGGGCCCAUGUGCGUCUGUGUGCAGAGGGGAUGGGUAUUAAUUUACAAGUGUAUCAAAUGUGCUUCAACUGUUUGAACUGAGGGUUGUGUUUUUAAUUUGUGGUGGUUUCCUGUCAGUCUUUGACCCAAUGAUAGUCUCAGAGCCCAGGGUGGGGUGGGAUGAGGAAUGGUCAGCGCGCACGAGCUGGUACCCACGGUCCACUAUCAUUAUUCCAGACAGUUGUCUGCAGCUGGUGGUUUGUUGUUGAAUUUAACAGCACUGUUGGGAGUGUCAAGGGUGCAUUCAGUCUUAUCAAGUGGCUCUUGAACUUUUAAACCUGAAAGCUUAGUUUGUGAUGGUCUCUGUUGGUUUUCUGUACUUCUGUACUGAAUGAUGACCAAGGAGAGGGGCACUUGCGAUCACAAUGCUUUAUCACUGUUUAGUGCUGCUGAAUGUGGAGGUACUUGGUUAUGACUACUGAAUGUCGGGGGACCUGACCCUGCACUGUGUCCCCCUCUGAAACCGUACCUCGCAGAUGGACCUUAUUUGCUUCGGUGAUCUGUGAUGUAUGUGAGCUGAAGUCUGUUGAUUUGCUCUCUUUCUCACAUUGGAAAUCCGUGCUACACGUUUCGACUGCAGCCCCACAGAUGCUAAAAGGGAGGGAGCCUGACCAUGUCCUAUUUAUUCUAGAUGCGGCUUUCGAAAAUUCUGAUGGAAAUGUAAAGGGGAAGGCCAAGUUUGGAGCUUUAAAAUGGGCCCGUAACUAACCAGCCACCUUCCCUUGCCUAAAGUCCUAUCGGACCUGUCUGCCCUGCUUGCUGAGAGAGAAGCAGGGCUGGUGAAUGUGGUUGGCCAGUCACGAGUCUGAUUUUAGAUCCUGGAGGUUAAUCAGGUGCCCCUUCCAUUUCCUUCGAGCCUCUCUCCUGAUUUAAAUGUGCUGCUGGUGUGAAAAACCAGUUUUACACUGAAUUUAGCUCCCUUGUAACCAGACCUGCCUCUUUCAACGCCGCAAAGCCAGAGCUGGUGUGGGCUGCGAGCAUCAUUGCAUCUCCCCUCCAAAGGUCGUCAGUGAGGAAGCAGAACAUGUUGUGUUUGGGACGGAGGGAGGGGAGUUCCAGAUCAAAUAAUUUAAGCUCUUUGUUUUUACCAGCUGUCAACUUGUGCUUCCUUUACUUUCUCCCCCCAGCCUUUAUGGGAGUGACCAGUGUCUGUAUCCUUACAAUAUGGGAGAGACUGGAGUCCUGGGGCCCCCUGUCUGUGAGAGUGACCAGUAUCUCUGUCUCUGCAAUAUGAGAGUGACUGGUGUUUGUGUUUCUGUCCCUGUUAUGUUUGUUUUUGCAAUGCAGGAGUGACUGGUGUUUGAGCUCUCUUUGGGGAGCCUUUUCAUUGUACCAAGAAAGAAAAUAAAAUCAAUGAAUCCUUUGAAAUUUUUUUUUGUGCAGCGGUUCUAGGAAUAAACAGAAUUUGUAAUUGAA